GUGUCCUGAUGACAUUAAAGGAUAAAGCAGGUCUGCCCUGAUCAGCUGUUUAAACAACAGCAUACAACAUUGUUUGUGUGACAUAACCUAGUCAUAACCUAACAGUUUCUAAAUGUGAAAGAGGACAUCAUCAGUGGACUCGCCGAAAACCAAGGAAUCGACUGUGGAGGAAAAGGACCUUCAACAACGGAAUACAUUUAGAGUAUCUCACAGGUCCUGAUUUGGAGAAGAUGGGCACAGAGAAAAAGGAUGACAAAAUCCCAGAAGGCAAGGUGUUUAAUGAUCCCAUCCACGGGCAUCUGGAGCUACACCCACUUCUUGUCAAAAUCAUUGACACACCUCAGUUCCAGAGACUACGAUACAUCAAGCAGCUUGGGGGGGCUUACUUUGUUUUCCCUGGAGCAUCCCACAACCGCUUUGAACACUCAAUUGGGGUGGGGUACUUAGCAGGACAGCUUCUACAAGCUCUGAGAACAAAGCAACCGGAACUCGGCAUCUCUGACCGAGAUAUCCUGUGUGUGCAGAUUGCUGGUCUUUGCCAUGACCUGGGACAUGGGCCCUUUUCCCACCUGUUUGAUGGAAUGUUCCUCACCAAAACAGAAAAAGAAAUCAAGCACGAGACUUUGUCUCGUAGGAUGUUUGACCACCUGGUGAAAUGUAAUUCUCUUGAGCAAGUGAUGGAGAAAUACGGCCUGGUGCCGUCUGAGGACCUGGACUUCAUCAAGGACAUGAUUGACAGGCCAAAAGCAGCCUCAAAAGAACCAGUCAGUCCUGCUCAUGUGAAUUGUGUGAAGUCUAAUCACUGCUACAGCAACCAAUGUCUAAUGCCACCUUGUCUGUCAUCUCCGCAGUGGCCGUAUAAAGGUCGGUCAGAGGACAAGUCCUUCCUCUUUGAUAUUGUGUCCAACAAAAGAAAUGGUGUCGAUGUGGACAAGUGGGACUACCUUGCCAGGGACUGCUACCACCUGGGCAUCCAGAACAACUUUAACUAUCGCCGCUUCAUGUCAUUUACCAGGGUGUGUGAGGUGGAGGGCGAACCGAAGCAGAUCUGCGUUAGAGACAAGGAGGUGGGCAAUCUGUACAACAUGUUCCACACAAGGUACUGUCUCCACAGAAGAGCUCUCCAGCACAAAGUCACCUAUGGCAUUCAGAUGAUGAUCGCAGACGCCUUUCUAAAAGCAGAUGAGCACAUCCAGAUUGAAGGCUCAGGAGGGGUGAUGUUCACUCUCUCCAAAGCCACAGAGGACAUGGAGGCCUACACCAAGCUGACAGAUUGUGUGUUUGAGACAAUACUCAACUCUUCCGAACAGAAGCUGGCUGGCGCCAAGGAGAUUCUGAAUAGGAUCUUGUCUCGAAAGCUGUACAGGUGUCUGGGUGAAAGGCAGAUUCACAAAACCAGUGAGUAUUUCUCCUACCUCCCAAAGGAGAGGAUUUGUGACUGGGAGAGGGAAUUGACUGAAGGGCUUCCUCAGGGGUUCACACCAGAAGACUUUGAACUUAGUGACAUUCAUAUGGAUUAUGGGAUGAAUGAGGAGGACCCUGUCAAUAAUAUGCAUUUCUACCACAAGGACCACCCAAACAGGGCAGACGAGAUCCCCGAAGAUGAGGUGCCCAGACUUAUCCCAAGGCAGUUUUCUGAGCACCUGAUCAGGUUUUACUGUAAGAAGGCUGAGUGCGCUGAUCUCACGGCUGAGCUGGAGGCUGUCAAGGAGAACUUCGAGGAGUGGUGCAACAACAACAACAAUUUUUAAAAAAAAGGCAAAGAAUAAAGGUGGCUUGGUGGGUAGCAGCGUCGCCUCACAGUUAGAGAGUUUGCUUUCCAGUAAGGACGCCUGGGAUCUUUCUGUGUGGAGUUUGCAUGUUCUCCCUGUGCAGCGUGGGUUUUCAAUGAAUGAGUGGUAGUCUGUCGGGCUGGGAUAGGCUCCAGCCCCCCAAAAGCAAACUGUGGUGUGAUGUUCUGUUGUCAUUCAAAGUAAACAUUUAAUUUGUGGUUUAGGGAUUUCAGAUAUCUAGUGGUGUUUUGGUUUAAUGUUUAUCACGUGAAUUAAUGUGGAAAUCUGAUUAGGCACAAUUUAAGCUUUGAGUGAUGUUUGAUUUGAGGUCAUUUGUGGUGGUUGUUUUGGUUUCACGUUGGUUAUUUUACUGUAUCUUUCCUCACCUACAACAUUUAUCAUGACUUAUUCAAUGCUAAUUUGGUUUUAAAUGUCUCUUAUCGUUGCCAUCUUUUAUUGAUCUUGUUUAUUUGUCUUUCUUUUGAAUGAUCCUACCUUUUGAAACUGGCCCUGUUCAUUUCUCAAUAUGAAAAAAGAAUUUAAUCAUUUCUCAUACUCUAUAGCUCAACUUGGCUUUUUUGCUGUAACCUGUAUGACUGUAGUUAAAACAAGCUUUGGGGGCCACUGUGUUGUAUCAUUGUGUGAAAAUAUAUUAUAUUCUUAAUAUGUAAUGGGCCUAUAAAGAACAUUCUUAUUACAACCUUUCAACUUUGUAUCUGUGGAGCGGGUUGAUAACAGAUUGUGCCUGCUCUGUUUGAAAUAAAACACUUUCUCUCUUUGA